AUGUUUCGAGGGGUGCUAUGGCUCUUGGCAGGUCGAGGCUGUGUGGGCCGGGGGCUAAGCACACGCAGUGGAGGCUCGACUCCGGACUGGACUGAAAAGGUGUCUGAAAUUAAGAAGAAGAUCCAGUCAGCUCUUCCUGGAGGGCCCUGGGAUCCACUGUAUGACACCAGCCACCUGCCCCCUGAACACUCGGAUGUCGUGAUUGUGGGGGGUGGGGUGCUUGGCCUGUCCGUGGCCUAUUGGCUGAAGAGGUUGGAGAAGCCCCGAGGUGCCAUCAAGGUGCUGGUGGUGGAUCGGGACCACACGUAUUCCCAGGCCUCGACCGGGCUUUCCGUGGGCGGGAUCCGCCAGCAGUUCUCGCUGCCUGAGAACAUCCAGCUCUCCCUCUUUUCAGUGGACUUUCUACGGAACAUCAAUGAGUACCUGGCGGUAGUCGAUGACCCUCCCCUGGACGUCCAGUUCAACCCCUCAGGGUACCUUUUGCUGGCCUCAGAAAAGGGCGCUGCAAUCAUGGAGAGCAACGUGAAAGUGCAGAGGCAGGAAGGAGCCAAAGUGUGUCUGAUGUCCCCGGAGCAGCUGCAGAACAAGUUUCCCUGGAUUAACACGGACGGAGUGGCCUUGGCGUCUUACGGGUUGGAGGGUGAAGGUUGGUUUGACCCCUGGUGUCUGCUCCAGGGGCUUCGGCGAAAGAUCCAGUCCCUGGGGGUCCUUUUCUGCCAGGGAGAGGUGACACGUUUCAGCAUGUCAUCUAGCCGCAUGCAGACCAGCAGUGGGAAAGAGAUGACUUUGAAGAGGAUCCAUGAAGUCCAUGUGAAGAUGGACCACAGCCUGGAAUACCAGCCUGUGGAAUGUGCCCUCGUGAUCAAUGCCGCCGGGGCCUGGUCUGGGCAAGUAGCAGAGCUGGCUGGUAUUGGGAAGGGGCCACCUGGCACCCUGGAGGGCACCAAGCUACCUGUGGAGCCGAGGAAAAGGUACGUGUACUUCUGGCACUGCCCCGAGGGACCAGGCCUGGAGACUCCGUUCAUGGCAGACACCAGUGGAGCCUAUUUCCGCCGGGAAGGAUUAGGCCACAACUACUUGGGUGGCUGCAGCCCCACCGAGGAGGAGGAACCGGACCCGGGGAAUCUGGAAGUGGACCAUGAUUUCUUCCAGGACAAGGUGUGGCCCCAUUUGGCCCACAGAGUACCAGCUUUUCAGAGCCUGAAGGUUCGGAGCGCUUGGGCCGGCUAUUACGACUACAACACCUUUGACCAGAACGGCGUGGUGGGCCCCCACCCCCUGGUCGUCAACAUGUACUUUGCCACGGGCUUCAGUGGCCAUGGGCUCCAGCAGGCCCCCGCCGUGGGGCGAGCUGUGGCCGAGCUGGUGCUAGAGGGCCAGUUCCAGACCAUCAACCUGAGCUCCCUCCUCUUCAGCCGCUUUUACUUGGGAGAGAAGGUCGAAGAGCGCAACAUCAUCUGAGCCUGUAAGCUCUCCGCUGGCCCUGCUUCCCCAUCUGUCACCCCUGGUCAAAUCCUGGCCCAUGUUCACGUCCUCCUCCCUAGCAUCAUGCCAAGAGCUCCUCCAUCCUCCCCUCACUCGGGUGAUUCUGUCCCAUGUGGCUGGGCAUGUGGGCAGGCUGCAGGCUCUGAGGUUCUGCGCCUGAGGCCCAGGCUGACAGAAUGAGGGAGCAGGACCCUGGGACUGAUCCCUGGCCCUGGCUGAUGCUGCCCACCAAGGCGAUCCAGCUGGACAGCACGCCUCAGUGGUCCUGGGCACCAGGCCCAGGGCUGGCUCCCUCCUGGCACCAACCAGAAAGAUCACCACUGCCCCUCUUCGCAGAGCCCAGGCAGGGAGCAUUCCGGUGCAGCUGGCCCCAAUUUAUUAUCAAUCAAUAAAUGUGAUGAACUCCUUCCUGUCA